GUGCCGAGGCUGGCCACCGCCCCGUGAACACCAGCUCCCUCUGCCUGGAUACAUCCCAGCUCCCCUUCUAGAGCAAGCAGGGAGGCUGUCAGUCACCUCUAAGCAUUGCCAGGCGAGCCUUUUGUGUAGGACAGCACACCCGACGGCAAGGGAGCAGAGGUUAUAGACAGGUAGGGAUCCUGCUGCGAUGGCAUUAAGGAUAGGGGCAGACCUUGGACUGCUCUCCAGGUAGUCAGGGGAACGGCAUGGGUUGCCAGCCAGCGAAAAUAUAAACGAACAGCAGCGAGUGGGAGAGCCGGCACUGCCGCCUGCCUCGCAGGCUGACCCUGCUCCCAGCCACAGCCGAGCAUCCUUGCCUCAGCAAGCUCGGCCAAGCGGGAAGCCGGGCGGUGACAAACCCAUCCACUGGCAUCCGGAGAACGAGUGUAUUGCCAUGUUUUCUGAGGUGAGGAGAUAUGCAUUCUGUACAUGGACCAAUUUUUUCACAUGCUAAGGACUAAAUUCUGCUUACUGCAUGCCCUUACUGCUACCUUCACUAGGACUUGACAACUUUGGUAGGAAUUUGACACUAAUGUCUCUUGGUGCUUCAAAACAGUUACAGUCAAAUCAGACAAACUUUCCAACAUGUUACACUUUAUAUAGUUUAACCACCCUUUCUUUCUUUCUUUCCCUUUGCCUAGCAUAUCCCACACUCAGUUUAAAGGGAAGGUUGGCACAGCCCUUACUUAGCAAUUCAGGUGUAAAACAAAAAACACGUCUUUAGUCCCCCUCAGACUGCCUCAUUUGGUGAAGUGGAGAACAGGAUCAUUUGCCACCUCUAUCUGCUGUUGGGAAGCAGACAAAGAGAAAGCAGAAAGGAGAAAUGAGGAAGAGGAGUCCUGCUCUUACAUUCACAUGGGGCAGGCUUAGGAGGUGCCUGGAUAGAGAAGACGGUGUCCAAGCUGCCCUAUAAGCAUAUGAAACUAUUUAGAGCAAAAGAAGAGUGAAGGAAGAAUCCCAAACAUGAGUCACAAUUUUUCUGAAUCAGUGUAUCUAUGCUUCCCCUCUAAUGCAGGGCAACCUGCAAAACUGCAAUAUGGUUCUGAACAGAUGAGAUAGUGAGUAAGUGUGAAAAGCAAAGUGAUAUUAACCGUUGAGUGGUCUUCAGUAUAAUAAAGACAUUGUUUUUCUUCAGUAGGUAAAGCCAAGUGGUAUAAAUCACUGAGUAAGAGGAGACACUUGGCAACCUGGCACCAGUACUAAUGAAGCCAAUAGCCUUCUCUGCUCUCUCCUUUUGGCUGGCUCUCCUUUUGGCUGGCUUCCUUGGCAUACGCAUCACAGGCAGUUUUGUGAGAAGUCAGAAGAACCAUACGCUAAUUUUCACCAAGGAAAACACAAUUCGCAACUGCAGCUGCUCGGUGGAUAUCCAUGACUGCGACUACUGCCUGGCAAACUUGAUGUGCAAUUGCAAAACAGUGCUGCCUUCUACCAUGGAAAAAACUACCUACAAGAGCCACCUCACCAUUUGGUUCACAGACACCUCUGUGCUGGAGAUGCUUCUCAACUUCACAAGGGUGUGGGAUUUGAAGCUGUCCUUCUGUGGCACCACUCCUCUCCCAACGGAAUACUUGGCCAUUUGGGGACUUCGAAAGUUGCGGGUAAAAAAGGUCAAGGGACUGUUUCCAGAGCAGAGUGUAACCAUCUACAGCAGCAGCAACAAUGAAAAAGAAAACUCACUCGCAAUGCACAACAAAGACAGGCAAAUGCUUGCACAUAUUUCUUUUCUGGAUACCUCUCUUUUCAAUGGCUAUUCUUUGCUGAAGUCAUACAGUGUGGAAAACGUCUCUAGUAUCAUGGAACACUUUCCCAGCCUGCUGUACUCUGAUGUUUCCUCAACCUCAGAUAACAAGAGCUAUAUUGUAACAUUCAUCUACUGAGUUAUUUGACAUAUUCAGUAGUCAGAGGCAUGUUAGACUGCUAAGAGACUGACAAGACUUCUUUAAGUCUGUCUCGUUUGGCCAGGAGGAGCUGUUAGGCGAUGAACAGUUCUGUGAUAGCACUCUACAAGGAGGUGUUUUAAGACAGACAGACUCAGACUGAUUCAGUAAAUGCCUUCUUAAAGAACAAAGAAAAUGUGAAAUGACUGUUUUAGAAAGCAUUGAUACAAAUUCUUUCUAUAUAUUGUACGCUAAGAAUUGAUAUCUACAGACAAGUUUUGUUCUAAGGUUGCACCUCAGACAGAAAAAGACAUAACCAUGUUAUCUCCAGUUGUAAAGGAACCUGAGCCUCCCAGAGAGUCACUGCGGUUAGCUGGCAGCUCAGGAGGUGUCCAGUGCAACCACCUGCCCCAAGGAGAGCCAACUCUGGGAUCAGGCUUCUCAGGGGGUUCUGCAGUCAGGUGCCAAAACCCAAGGAUGGAGCCUGCACAACCUCAUUGGGCAACCUGCUCCACUGCCUGCCUGUCCUCUUGGGGAAACUUUUUUCCAUGGAUGGACCCCAGCCUCCUCUUCUUCAGGCUGAACAAGCCCAGAUCCCUCACACUGUUCUCAAUGUCACAUGCACCAGCCACGGACUGACCAUCUUGAUGCCUCUCCACCGGACUGCUUCGGUUGAUCCAUAUCUUUCUUGCACUGGGAGGGGCAGAACUGCCUGCAGUACUCUGUAUGGAGUCUAGUAAGUGCUGGGACAAGGAAAAUAAUCCCUUCCUUCCACCUACUGGCCAUGCACCUGUUGAUACAGCCCACUGCUGGCAGGUUCAAUGUGUGUGAGGUGGUUACAGGUUACUCAAACUAGGAGUGCAGAGGUGUCCUUACCCUCUGGUACUUGGUCAGAGCUGGGAAGCCUCUACUGGGGCUGUGUGACACAGCCUCUUGUGAAAGCAGGGACAGGCUAUGCAGACACCCUCCAACCUCAGCACCCAGUAAAGGCAUGUUUAGAGGAUGACCAGGAAGCUGUGUUCUUUGCCAAGCCAUGGCAAAGCAUGGGAAAGCACUGGGCAGGAGGCCACCUGACAGGUGAGACACCAUGCUCACAAAGGUGUUCCCAGGGAAAUGCCUGUCCCUUGCACAUGAAGUGUGCUGACACCUGCAAUUUCCCCCCCAAAUGCCAGGAGCUUGACUUCACCUUCUUUGAUAAUGGCAAGCUCUGUCAAUGUUCUCCUCUACAAGAAAGCAGAAAAAUCCCAUUCAAUAACUUGUCUGAUAAGGGAGGCGAGGCUUCUGGCAGACAUGUAGCAAACAAUUUUUAGAUGCAUUGAGGGAAACAUAUGCUGGGACUAUUGAUGUAGCACACAGUCUGCUCCUUGCCCAUUUCUGCAGCAUUUGCAUUCUGUGAGGUACAAAUAAGACCAGGAACCAUCCAUACAGUACAAUACAGGCCUUGGAAUACUAAGUCCUAACAGUCUGUCAUUGCCAGCAAAGAAUUACAUGAAAUUGUGAUAAAAUAUGUGUACUGAAGGGAAUGGCUAUCAAGAUUUUGAGGAACCAAUGAGGUUGCUUCAACAACUUUAAAGAGGGACUUCUUUUGUAACUGCAAUCAAUGUCACAGCAGUUUCGCCAGGAAGCAAAACUUAAUCUUCCAGAACACUUAAAUACAUGCACACCUUCCAUGACUGUGAGUUCUCCCACUCAACUCAACCAUGUGGUAACUACUGAAUUAACGGAGUUUAUUUGCAACUGCAAAUUAACAGAUUUAAGCACAUGAGUGUUUGAAGGCUGAAGAUUGAACUCGGUUUAACUCAACCAGACAACUAUUAAAUCAGCUGUUGUAAAGGC